AUGGCAAUGAAGACUCUCAUAGUUGCUAUUAUUGCGGCCGUCGCCGGGCGUGCGUUCGCACAGUAUACACACAAUAGUUAUCAUCACAUAGGAAGCCCCGCAUUGAGUUACAGCAGGAGCAAUGGUGCGUAUGGUGCGCCGGUUGCUAACACUGGCCGGAUUACAGCGUCGGCUUUGCCCUUAACGACUGUCGGAACAGUGGCAGCUGCUCCUGUUGUCGCUGGAGUCGCUCCUGUUCACAGUGGAAUUGCCUCCUCAGGCUUUUUUGCCCCUAAACCUGCUCCUAAGGUUCAUACGAUCCACACCCACAGCGGGCGCCAACACAUACGUAUCGAGGAGUUUCGCGCUCCUGCUCAGGUGAUCCGUGUGCACGAAGCUCCGCAAGCGGCUCCGCAGGUAGUGCACGUGCAUGCCCCACCAUCCCCUCAAUCAGUUGUGCGCGUCAUCUCGCGUGCGUCCGGUCCCGCCCAUAUCGAACGGGUAGUCCAUCCGGCUCCUGGCGUGCAAGUAGUUGACGUCCAUCGCCCACCGCCACCUGCUGCACGUAUCGUGCAGAUCGUGCGCGGUCCCGCUCCUCUUCCACAGAUCCUUUUCUACCACGAGCCUCAGGUCCACGCCGAGCUUCACGUCGAAUCGCCACACGCGCCUGCUCCCGCCGUAGCCACUCCUACCCACGCUGUCGUUCCGCCCCCAGCUGUCGUCCGCACUGUUGCUGCUUUUCCAGCCGUUUCUUCUUCGGAUCCAAUCGUUCGAGCGGUGGUCGCCGCCCCUGGUCCGAUUGUACAAACACCUGUUGCUGCACCUGCACCUGCACCUGCACCUGUUGUCCUUGUCGGGGUCGGUUACACGAUGUACGGUAUGGGUUAUGGACGUGUAUACCCUGAACAUUUCAAAAGUAAGGCGGCUAAGGCCUCUAGAGCAUCAAGGGCAUCUUCAUAG